AUGCAUAUCCCGGAAUCGCAGCACGCGUUUCUCGAUCGCGUGCAAGAAGCUUUGCGCCGGUACGAUGCUCAACUGAAAGAUAUUAACCAUAAGAUCUGGUCCGAUCCGGAACUUGCAUACGAAGAAUACAAAGCCCAUGACCACAUUUGCCAACUCUUCGACAGUCUCAAGUCAGAAGGCUACCAAGUACGACCGAAAGCAUAUGGCCUAGCGACUGCCUUGGAGGUUGAGUACAAGCAUGGCAACGGAGGGCGGGUCGUGGUAUUCAACGCUGAAUAUGAUGCGCUCCCCGGUAUUGGACAUGCAUGCGGACACAAUCUCAUUGCCACCAGCUCGAUAGCUGCAUUCAUUGCUACCUGCGAGGCUAUGAAAAGCCAUCCCAAGGCAGCUUCCGGAGCUGGAUUCACCGUUCGCUUAUUAGGAACUCCCGCAGAAGAGUCGGGUGGUGGUAAAGUUAAACUCAUCGAUGCUGGAGCCUACCAAGAUGUCGACGCUUGCCUCAUGGUUCAUCCAAUCCCAAUGACUCCAGGAAGUCCUGACUUUGUGAGCAUAGCCACCGUCAUCGAAGGUGGCUUCCUUGCGAACGACAAAGUUCAAAUCACUUUUACUGGGAAGCCAGCUCACGCUGCAGCUGCACCGUGGGAAGGUAUCAACGCUUUAGAUGCAGUUGUUUCUGCAUACGUCAACGUUUCGCUUCUCCGACAGCAGAUUCUUCCUUCCCAGAAGAUACAUGGCGUCAUCAAAAAUGGCGGGGACCGUCCGAAUAUUAUCCCGAUGUCUGCGACAGUAGAUUAUUACAUCCGCUCACCCACCAAGAAGUCGCUCAAAUCAUUAACAGAGAAAGUUGUGAAGUGCUUUGAGGCUGCGGCGACUGCGACUGGCUGCAAGGUCGAAUUCAACUGGGGGAUAUCAUACGAUGAUUUGAAGAGCAACAUGCCCAUAUGCGAGAGCUAUGUGUCAGCAAUGAGAGCCAUGGGAUAUCAUACGAUCCUUGAUAAUUCAGCGCAAAACGGAGCUUUAGCCGGUGCAUCUACGGACAUGGGAAAUGUUUCUUAUGUGGUCCCCGGAUUCCAUGGACUUUUUCCCAUUCCAGCGGACGGAGUCAACCAUACUCCAGAAUUUACGAGCGGGGCUGGCUCGCCGGAAGGGCAUGACAGAAGUAUUGCCUGUGCUGCUGGGAUGGCUGUUGUGGCUUGCCAGAUAUUGGUGGAUGAUAAAUUCGCUGAAUCCGUGAAAGCGGAUUUCCGAAGAGAUUAA